AUGUCACGCGCCUCGGCCGGGUUUGCGGACUUUUUUCCCACCGCGCCAUCGGUUCUAUCGCAGAAGCGCGUCAAGGUUCGAGAUCGGCGAGGCAAAAGUUGCGAUGGUGAGACCCAGCCGUCCGAUCUCCGAACGCCCACCGCGCCCAGUGCAUCUGCGACGGGUGGGGUACCCAAAGACCCUGCGGUGGAAGGAGAUAUCACUCAAUCUUCAUCCAGCGCGGCGGCAGGAGGCCCAGUAACGACGCUGAGCCAUACGGAGCUCAAUGGGACCCUGCCGCCAGCUAUCACCGACUCUCAUCCUCCAUCUCAUCUCGACACCCUCACACCCCUCACCCACCCAGAAUCCUCCCCACCGCGCAAAGCAACUGGCUCCCCCAAGAUCGCGGGCAAGAACUCUCCAGUCAUUCCCCUCCAUUCAAAGACAGAACCUCCCAAGUCGUCCGUGACCCCCAUUCACACACCGCCGACUCCCCAAUCGCAAACCCGCCAGGAGAUCGUGGUCAAAGGCCGUAAAGUCGUGUAUGAUCCCGAUCUGGACAAGCGGCCAUCCAAGGAGAAGCGCCGCAAGCCUGAGUACGUCGAUAUCGUUGCGAAUGGCCAAAGCGCUCCUCCUGAUCCCCGCCUGGCAAUUCCUAACUACUCGCGUGGGUCGGCUUGUAAGCAAAAGACCAAAUAUCGGCCGGCGCCAUAUACCUUGAAGCAAUGGCCGUACGAUCCCGCGACAAGCAUUGGACCCGGUCCUCCAGUGCAGGUCGUCGUGACUGGCUUUGACCCGCUCACUCCCGUCGCUCCCAUCAGUGCGCUCUUCUCCAGCUUCGGCGAAAUUGCAGAGAUCAAUAACAGGACAGAUCCGAUCACUGGCCGGUUUCUGGGGAUUUGCUCGAUCAAAUACAAAGAUAGUGCUUCGUUUCGCGGCCGUGGUCCUAUCUCGGCUUCGAGCGCAGCGAAGCGCGCAUAUCUCGAAUGUAAGAAGGAGCAGCGUAUUGGCACUCGUCGGAUCCGGGUCGAGUUAGAUCGGGACGGGAUUGUGUCGGAGCGCAUGGCCUCGAAAAUGAUCGAGUCGCAACGACAGGCCUCCAAAUCCGCCUCUGUCGCAGCGGCAGCUGCAGAGUCCAAAUCCGCCGAGCUUCUAGCCAAGAAGAAUGAACCUCCUCCAACCGCGCCCAAAGGUCCCUCCGGUCGAUCCGCCAUGCGGCCCGGGCUGGUUAUCCCGGAAGGACCUCGUGCAUGUCUUCGCCCUCCUUCCGUACAAUCUCUGGUCGAGGAAACUCCGAUCCUCAGCCAGAUCAAGCGCGAACCUUACAUCUUCAUUGCUCAUUGCUAUGUCCCAGUUCUCAGCACUACGGUCCCCCACCUGAAGAAACGAUUAAAGCUCUUUGACUACAAGUCCAUUCGUUGCGAUAAAACAGGGUAUUAUGUUAUAUUUCACAAUUCUCGCGCGGGCGAGCAGGAAACGGAGAGAUGCUUCCGUCUAUGCCACAUGCAACCCCUCUUCACCUAUAUCAUGAACAUGGAAAGUCAGCCCUACGGAAAUCCCAACUACGUGCGCAGUCCGAGUCCCGAACGCCUCCGUGCCGAACAAAGACAACAGGUUGAGGAGGAGAGAGCCAGGAAGGAGGCCGAGCUGGAUGCGGAGGAAGAAAAGAAACAGCGUGCCUUGGAUCUGGAUCCUUGUCGAGAAGUUUUGGCGGUCAUCAUUCGGGAUCUUCGAGACAAGCUCCUUGAGGAUGUCAAGUCCCGCAUUGCUGCGCCGACUCUGUACGACUACCUCGACCCCAGUCGCCAUGCAGCCAGACGGGAAAGAUUGGGGAUCCCAGGUCCAGAGGGCACCAAGCGGCCAGCUUUCCGAAUCGGCGUGGAUAGUUCUGCAGGUACCCCGGACUCUCGAUCUGAAUUAUCCAGUCACCGAGACCCGCUUCGCUUCUCGAAUCUUAACGUGUUGGCUUUGCCACGUAUUCGUAAGGCUCAGGGCCUCGAUCGUGGAGGCGCAGCCUUUGUGGACGAACGGCGCCGACAGCCUCUGCGGCCGAGAGAAGUUCGCCCACUCUAUCAUCGGUUACAGCAAUUGCAUGAUGAUGAAGACUCGGACGAUGAUCAGCGGACUCCUCUCACGAGAUACACGGAAGAGAGAAGUAGUCGCCCGCCCAGCCGUGCAACUUCCGUCUCUUCUGUGGAUCAGGAUGAAGAGUAUCAAUCAGACAUUUUAGAGUCCCUUGACGAAGGUGGAACUACAACCGCAGAUGACGCCUUGCUUGAGGGUGAAUCACUCUCGCCCACUUCGCGGAAGAGAAAGCGGUUGGCAGGGGAUCUUGAUGCUCGCAAACGACAACGGCAGGAUGAUGAACUCUUCAGCAUCGGACCCUCAGAAGGGACGGUUGAGGAUGGACAUCCGGAGCCCCCGACCGGCAUUGAUGCUGAUCUCAUCGAAGGCAAAGGAGAGGCCGGUAUCGUGCCAGAUGAUCUUGCUGUUGGCGAGCCAUGGGAGACCGAGGUUCUUGAAAAGCCAAAGACUGAAAUCGAAUGGGGCGUGUCUCAUCAUGAGCCACGUGCCACAGUGGAGGACGAUGAGUCUAUCAUCCUGGAUCUGGAUGGUUGGCAACAACUGAUCAAGGAUGACGAAGACAUCCAAUUCCUCCGGGAAAUCUUGCUCAACCACUCUGCUUCCAGUCUUGGUGAUCUUAGCGCCUGGGCAUGGCGGCAGAAGGAGAUCAAGGCUCUCAAUCAAGUGGAGGCGAAGGGACCCACUCGCGAGGUUAUCGGUAUCGCAGGCUAUUAUGUACCCAAUGCAACCGGUGCUGCGCGAACGGAAGGCCGAAAGAGAAUCAUGGAGGCCGAAAAGUCCAAGUAUCUCCCUCAUCGGAUCAAGGUCCAAAAAGCUCGAGAGGAGCGCGAGGCCUUAGCCAAGGCCGAUCCCCAGGCCGCCGCAGCCGAGGCAGCCAGAAUUGCAGCUGCCAAAGUUAUUUCCAAGUCUUCGUCCCGGUCAACCCGUGUCAACAAUCGCCGACUCAUUGCCGAUAUCAAUGCCCAGAAGCAAGCUCUGCCCACUUCUAGUGGCGAAGGUGAUGUUCUACGCUUCAAUCAGCUUAAGAAGCGAAAGAAGCCUGUACGAUUUGCUCGAUCCGCCAUUCACAACUGGGGAUUGUAUGCAGAGGAGAACAUCACUGCCAACGACAUGAUCAUUGAAUACGUUGGCGAGAAAGUGCGCCAGCAAGUGGCAGAUAUGCGCGAACGCCGGUAUCUCAAGAGCGGAAUUGGUAGUAGUUAUUUGUUCCGUAUCGACGAGAAUACGGUCAUCGACGCGACUAAGCGAGGUGGAAUUGCGCGGUUCAUCAAUCACAGCUGCACGCCUAACUGCACUGCCAAGAUCAUCAAGGUUGACGGCAGUAAGCGUAUUGUGAUUUACGCGCUCCGGGACAUUGAACGAGACGAGGAACUCACGUACGAUUACAAAUUCGAGCGCGAAUGGGACAGUGACGAUCGCAUUCCUUGUCUCUGCGGCUCAACCGGCUGCAAGGGUUUCCUCAACUAA